UCAAAGUAUUUUAUAAUGUCUGUAAUUUUAAUAUUAUGUUAUUUAAAGAUAAAAAAAACUUAAAAUAAAUUUGCCAGACAUUAAUUCGAUUGUUAAGUCUUGAAUUAAAAUGAAAAAGUCAUGAAAAGUAUUGCAGUAUAAUGCUAUCAAUCGGUCCUAACAGAAUUCGGCCCCAUCAUUUCGCAGCUGAACUUAAAAAUGUGCAAUUUAAAGAAGCUUUAGUUAACUUUUUCAUUGAUCACUGGGGUAGUGAAGACAUGUUGCCUUUCAUUGGUAAUAAAAAUAUUUACGUAAGUUUCAAUAAAUGUUAUUCAUACAAAGUGAUAAAUAACAAAGUAAUUAAAGCUAUUGAAGAAUCAUUAUCGUGUGAAGAACACGAAGAAGCUGAUUCUAGGAUUAUUUUUCAUAUUUGCCAAAUCGAUUUUGACGCAGACGUUGUUAUACGCUGUUCUGAUUCUGAUAUUUUAAUUAUACUUCUGGGAAAUAUGGAUCAUCUGAAAGCAUCUUUGAAAAUUUGGAUAAAUAUGGGUGUUGGAAAUCAUCAGCGUUACAUAAACAUCAAUGAAUUACACCGAAUUCUUGGUGACUCUUUAUGCAAAGCUUUACCAUGCUUCCACGCAAUAACCGGAUGUGAUUACACGCCAGCUUUAUUUAGAAAAGGCAAAGUUAAGCCUUUUAAAAUAUUAGAAACGUCUGAAGAAUACCAGUUAGCUUUUGAUAAUAUAAUUACGGAUGACGAUGAAGUACUUGAAACUACGUUUGUAACCCUGGAGAAAUUUAUUUGUCAAAUGUAUGGAGUUAAAAAUUGUUCCAAUGUCAAUGAUGUUCGAUUUCAUUUGUUUUCAAGUACGUUUAAGUCAAAAAAAUCAGAUGAGAACUUCGACAAAAAAUUUCGAAACUUUGACUCAUCCAGUUUGCCACCCUGUAAAGCGGAAUUGCAACAGCAUUUAUUGAGGGUUCGUUACGUGACGAAAAUUUGGAGAAAUUCUCACUCAAAACAUCCAACAUCUUUAUCUCCAAUGGCUUUCGGUUGGACCAUUAAUGGUGACAAAUAUGAUUUUGUCUGGUUUUUGGGAGAUCAAUUACCAUCCUCAGUUGCAGAUAUUAUUGUUCAAAGUAAGUGUGAAAUGGAAUAUUUGUUAAUAAUAACUAAAAUGCUUUAUAACGAACAAGAAGAAUUACACUUUUUUUUUUUUUUUCUGUUGCAGAUGAUAGAGUUUUAG